CUUCUGAACACUUCAUCGGCUUGAUCAUUGACCACCAUCACUCAGGACAACAUGGACAGGCCAGGGAACAUUCACCUCCUCCACCUCCAGCACUCGGAGCCCAACCCCUUCUCCCGUCCCACGACCCCAGGCCACCAUGACCUCCAGAUCGGCUUCGUCGGUCUCGGGGCGAUGGGUUACCCUAUGGCCCGCAAUCUUGCUAAGUGGCGCAAAGAACAUACCCAGGCACCGACCCCCCUCUUCGUCUGGAAUCGCACCAAGGCCAAGGCUGACGAUCUCGCCAAGGAGCUCGGCCCAGGGCUGAUUGCGCCCGUCGACUCUCUUGAGAAGAUUGCGAUUGAAUGCGACAUCGUCAUUACCAACCUGUCUAAUGACGACGUUGUUCGCAGUGUAUACAAGCAGUUUGCUAAGGUACUCGAAGAGCACAAGCCCACCAGGAACAAGAUUUUCGUCGAAUCGAGCACCAUAUACCCCGCGCUUGCUGUCGAACUGGACAAUCUCAUCUCCAGCAUACCCUCUACACACUUCAUCGCCGCGCCUGUUUUCGGUCCGCCUACAGCCGCCGCCGCCGCUCAGCUUGUCAUAGUCAUGUCGGGUGACUACCGGACCAAAAAGGAGGUGGCUCACCUUCUUCACCCCGCUGUUGGCCGAAAGGUCAUGGAUCUUGGCGGGAACAUUGAGAAGGCGGCGACAUUCAAACUGAUCGGAAACGCGCUGAUCCUCGGAUCUCUUGAGCUCCUCGCGGAAGUGUUCACACUCUCUGACAAGGCUGGCAUUGGUGCCGCAUCGGUGCAUCAACUCAUUAAGGACAUUAUGCCCGCCCCACCCUUGAUCAGCUACGGCGACAAGAUGCUCCACGACAAGUUCGACGGUAGCAAGGGCUUCGCCAUCGAUGGCGGUCUCAAGGACUCGCAACACAUACGCCGGCUGGCGACCGAGCUUGACGCUCCCAUGCCUGCCUUGGACGCUGCCCACCAACAUAUGCUCACUGCCAGGGCGCUCUACGCGAACCAAGUGAAGCAAGGAAAUGCCCACUUCAACGUCCUCGACUGGAGCUCCCUCAUCGCUGGCAGUCGGGUUUCCGCAGGCUUGGAGCCGUUUGACAGCAGCAAACAGCACACCAAGCCUGUCCCUGAAGACUAGAGUGGGGACGUGGUCCUGGAAUAGAAGAACGAAACGCUAUAGGAUGUAGCAUGCAGUGUAUUAUCUCGUGUAUCUGUGAUCGGGUUGUACUGAUAUCCGGUUUGAAUGGGGCUU